GGAAAAACAGAAGCUGAACCGUCAAAACAUAAACAGAGUUAGCACACACUCGUGAGCGCACACCGUCUUUAAUUUCACUCUCUCUUUAUACACGCACUUCUCAUGUCGUGUGUUUUUACUCCAAGGUUUUCUAUCCAAGGUGGAAGAUCUAGCUAAGUAGUUUAGUAGGUUGAAGACAAUAAAUCUGCACCGAAGAUUAGAACAAAAUACGUACUGUAGCUAACUAGCUACGCUCGUCGGGCCUACGACUUGUAGUUAAGAGGUAACAGCUUUAGCUAGCAUGCCAGCCAUUGCUGUUUACUUAAUGUAACUAGCGUGAAAUUGGUCAAACUCCUGAACAACGUUGAACUAAAUGUACCAAAAUGUGUAAAUUUGCUAAUCUAAUCAAUCAACCGAAUAGGUAGUUAACGUUAUCUCUACAGCAGAAUGGACAUGGUGGCCUGUCAGCUGUUUUGUUAAAUAUUAGUGUUGCUGCAGCAGCUAGCUAAGAUUAGUUUGACAGCUAACGUUAGCUACCUAACUUACUCCAACUCCAAACUACUGGCUGCAAGUCCUAUACUAGCUAACUAGAGACUGGCAGCUAGUUUCAUUUGUUAGUGUGCACUCGAUUUAAUUUAGUUGCUGAUAUGCUAGCUAGUUUGCAAGAUUUCCAAUCGUACCGUGACUUGAGAACAUAAUUCGUUCUUCAGUCACAGCUAGCCAACUAGCUGUCUUGAGUGACAUGUCUUGCUACCUUGCCAGUCAGUUGUUUGGACAUAUUGCAAUUAUUGGCAAUAUAUAUAUUAUUAGGAGUCUUCAAAAGCAGCUGGCAGUCUAAUUCAUUUGACCCUGCCUCGGUUUCAUUCCAGGCUCUCCUCCUGUCCACAGGAAGAGAGAAUCAGGAUGGCGGAGGCAGAUGGUAAAUCCAGUGUGCUUAACGGUGAGGGAUCACAUAGGCCUCACGGAUCACACAGGCCUCACUGUUGGCCGACUGGGAAUACGAACAUACACUGUUGUGGAACUACUACUAGUAAGCCACACUACCAGAACUAGACUAAUGUGAAUGUGUGGUCAUCUCUGUGUGUUUGUCAGGUGGGUCCGAGGAGCCAGAUCCAGGAGAGGACCAACGUGGGGAGGGAGAUGCUUCCACGGCCACAGAGGGACAGUCUGGCUCUCAAGCAGGUGAUCAUAGACUCAAACCAGAGAGACAGUCUGGCUCUCAAGCAGGUAAUCAUAGACUCAAACCAGAGAGACAGUCUGGCUCUCAAGCAGGUAAUCAUGGACUCAAACCAGUGCAGUAUAAGAGUACUGUUGCUGUCAUAGUCCAACAUGUAGCCACAACACACAGGACAUCAUAACGUUGACAUUAUACACUCUACAAACUAUUUGUUUUACAGUGGAUACAUUUCCUCCCCACUUCUUGACAGUAGCUCUUUUUACUCAAUGUGUGACAACUUCCUCUUGUCCUCAUGUUUCCCUCAGCUCCCAAAGAGGCAGGAGACAGUGCUAAGGACAAGCCAACGCCAGAUGCAGAGGGUGAGAGGGUGCCUGGCGAGGGAGUGGAGGAAGAAGACAUGGACGGCAGCGGCCUCUACUCCCUGAACGAGGAAGGGGAGCGAGAUGGUGAGGGGGGUAGAAGAGAGAGAGUGAAGGAGAGAGAUGCAGGAAAGAGGGCCGCCAGAAAGAGGAACCGCCCGAGCGGUGGCACCGCUCACCACUCCUCCAGCUCUGAAGAGGAGGAUGAUGAUGAGGAGGAGGAAGACCAAGAAGAGGAAGAGGACGAGCAGGCCUUGGACGUGUGGCUGGGGGCGGAGCUGCGUGAUCUCAGCAGGCCAUCAUGGCGGGCGGUGCCCUCCCUGCUGUUGAGGGAGAUUGGCCGGGGCUCGCACCAGUUUGUGAGGCGUGUGUGUGGCGCGCGGGGGCUGGUCCAGAGGCUGGAGCUACAAGGGCGCCUGGAGAGACACACCGGCUGUGUGAACACCCUGCACUUCAACCCCUCAGGCACACGCCUGGCCUCUGGCAGUGAUGACCUACGGGUUGUGGUGUGGGACUGGGCACGUCGUCGGGCUGAGCUGGAGUUUGACAGCGGGCAUAAGAGCAAUGUCUUUCAGGUGAGGAGGAGAACACAAUCAGGCUGGUUGAGACUAUAGAAAGGAGGGGAACACUUCCGGUGUUGUUGACAACCAUUGAGAAACCAUGUGAAAAAUGUGAAAGGAAAGCUAGAAAUAGGACCUUUGAGAGAUGUUGAAACGUACAGUUGAAGUCGGAAGUUUACAUACACUUAGGUUGGAGUCAUUAAAACUUGUUUUUCAACCACUCCACAAAUGUAUUUUUAACAAACUAUAAUUUUGGCAAGUCGGUUGUGCAUGACACAAGUAAUUUUUCCAAUAAUUGUUUACAGACAGAUUAUUUUACUUAUAAGUACAGUAUCACAAUUCCAGUGGGUCAGAAGUUUACAUACACUAAGUUGACUGUGCCUUUAAACAUCUUGGAAAAUUACAGAAAAUGAUGUCAUGGCUUUAGAAGCUUCUGAUAGGCUAAUUGACAUCAUUUGAGUCAAUUGGAGGUGUACCUGUGGAUGUAUUUCAAGGCCUACCUUCAACCUCAGUGCCUCUUUGCUUGACAUCAUGGGAAAAUCAAAAGAAAUCAGCCAAGACCUCAGAAAAUAAAUUGUAGACCUCCACAAGUCUGGUUCAUCCUUGGGAGCAAUUUCCAAACGCCUGAAGGUACCACGUUCAUCUGUACAAACAAUAGUACGCAAGUAUAAACACCAUGGGACCACGCAGCCGUCAUACUGCUCAGGAAGGAGAUGCGUUCUGACUCCUAGAGAUGAACAUACUUUGGUGUGAAAAGUGCAAAUCAAUACCAGAACAACAGCAAAGGACCUUGUGACUACGGUUUGCAACUGCACAUGGGAACAAAGAUCAUACUUUUUGGAGAAAUGUCCUCUGGUCUGAUGAAACAAAAAUAGAACUGUUUGGCCACAAUGACCAUUGUUAUGUUUGGAGGAAAAAGGGGGAAGCUUGCAAGCCAAAGAACACCAUCCCAACCGUGAAGCACGGGGGUGGCAGCAUCAUGCUGUGGGGGUGCUUUGCUGCAGGAGGGACUGGUGCACUUCACAAAAUAGAUGGCAUCAUGAGGAAGGAAAAUUAUGUGGAUAUCUUGAAGCAACAUCUCAAGAUAUCAGUCAGGAAGUUAAAGCUUGGUCACAAAUGGGUCUUCCAAAUGGACAAAGUUGUGGCAAAAUGGCUUAAGGACAACAAAGUCAAGGUAUUGGAGUGGCCAUCACAAAGCCCUGACCUCAAUCCUAUAGAAAAUGUGUGGGCAGAACUGAAAAGGCGUGUGAGAGCAAGGAGGCCUACAAACCUGACUCAGUUACACCAGCUCUGUCAGGAGGAAUGGGCCAAAAUUCACCCAACUUAUUGUGGGAAGCUUGUGGAAGGCUACCCGAAACGUUUGACCCAAGUUAAACAAUUUAAAGGCAAUGCUAUCAAAUACUAAUUGAGUGUAUGUAAACUUCUGACUCACUGGGAAUGUGAUGAAAGAAAUAAAAGCUUAAAUAAAUAAUUCUCUCUACUAUAAUUCUGACAUUUCACAUUCUUAAAAUAAAGUGGUGAUCCUAACUGACCUAAGACAGGGCAUUUUUACUAGGAUUAAAUGUCAGGAAUUGUGAAAAACUGAGUUUAAAUGUAUUUGGCUAAGGUGUAUGUAAACUUCUGACUUCAACUGUACCUUUCUUCCUCCAAAGGCAAAGUUUCUUCCCCACAGUGGAGAUUCAACUCUGGCCAUGUGUGCCCGGGAUGGUCAGAUCAGAGUGGCUGAGCUCUCUGCUAUGCAACGCUGCAAGAACACCAAGAGAGUGGCUCAGCAUAAAGGGGCAGCACACAAGGUAUGGAGACAGUGUGUAUACCUCAGGAGUGUGGGUGUAUUAGAGAUGAGUCUGGCCACUGGUCCUACUAGCCUGACUUUGGCGGCGUCUCAAACCACACCCUUUCUUCCAUACUGUGGGGAAUGGAUUGUCAUUUAAGAUGCAGACGUCCUAAGCCUUUUUUUUAGCUGCGAGCUGAGUUGAUUUAAGUGUGUUGUGUUUACUCUGUGUGUGUCAGCUGGCCCUGGAGCCAGACUCUCCCUGCUGUUUUCUGUCGGCUGGGGAGGAUGCCGUGGUGUUUGGCAUCGACCUGCGCCUCGACCGGCCUGCCAAGUGAGUGACAUCACGUCUGUCUGACAUGCAAGUGUUAACGCCAUUACUGCAAGAUCGCCUGGACGUUACUGUACUAAGGCCAUUCGUUUUCCUGACCGUGACCAGACCGGGAAAAACUUCAGUCCCAAUGUAGAACAUAACAGCCUUUUAACCCUUUUUCUACUAUUUGUUUCCUCUUUUCCCUUUCUCUCAGUAAACUGGUGGUGGUGAAGGAGGGGGAUAAGAAAGUGGGGUUGUACACCAUCUUUGUGAACCCUGUCAACACACACCACUUUGCUGUGGGAGGGAGAGAUCAGUAUGUCAGGUUAGACUAAAAAUCCCUCUUUUGUGUCCGUAAAGCAGAGGAAGUGGAACGUGCAUUGUCUGGGAUUCUCUCUUACCUCUCCUCACCUUCUAUCUCUGUAGGAUCUAUGAUCAGAGGAAGAUAAAUGAGAAUGAUAAUAAUGGCGUACUGAAGAAGUUCUGUCCAUCUCACCUGGUGUCCAGCGAGUCCAAAACUAACAUUACCUGCUUACUGUACAGUCACGAUGGCACAGGUAUAACACAAGGACUCAAGCACACUUUUAUUCAGAAGUCGGAGUUCCUCUGGCUCUUGCUGUUAUGACUGUCCUCAUGUUUGUCGUCCCCAUCAGUGAACAGAGCCACGUUCAGUUGCCUAACCUUCUCUAACGGUGCAGAUAGAAAUGUCAUGAAUAGAGCUUAGGUGAUUCCUUAUUUGACAUAUGAGAGGCAUGUUUGUUCUACAUAGCCUAUCUUUACGUUCCAAAAUGUUGCAUCCUGCUGAAUGCGCCCCAUGUCUGUCUGUCUGCCUGUGUCUCUUCAGAGCUCCUGACUAGUUACAACGAUGAGGACAUCUAUUUGUUUGACUCCAGCCACAGUGACGGUGCAGAUUACUGCAGGCGAUACAAGGGCCAUCGCAACAAUGCUACAGGUACUGGGUCAAAAGGGGGAAUUAAUGAUUAUGAACUAGUCAAUUAUAAGUAACACAAACACUAGUUAAAUAAAUUACAAUAAAUAAGUAACAAAAUAAUUCUCAAUAAUAGUAAAAAAGGAUCAUGGAUCAAUUCCCUCUCAAAAAUAGUUUUAUUUAACAUGUCAGAUUUGGUCAAUAGCUCAAACAAAAUUAAAGUAAUGUUAUAACUUGUACUUCUAGUAUAAUACUCUCCCUCUCUCUUUCCCUCCUCUCCCUCCUCUAUUUUUCCAUCUCACAGUGAAGGGGGUUAACUUCUAUGGGCCUAGCAGUGAGUUUGUGGUCAGUGGCAGUGAUUGUGGACACAUCUACCUGUGGGACAAGGUCUCAGCUCGCAUAGUCCAGUUCAUGGAGGGAGACAGAGGAGGAGUGGUGAGAGGGUGGGAUGGUGGGUGGGAAGAUGUAUGAUGGUCAAAGGAAAUGGCUUGAGAUAAUGGGCAGGCACAAGUAAAACCCUCAAACGAAAUUGUACAGCAUAAGUUUCACAGUUUUAUGCUCACUCAUCUGUCUGUCACUUGAUUCUAUCUCAACCUCUUCUCCUAGGUGAACUGCCUGGAGCCCCACCCUCACCUCCCAGGUCUGGCCACCAGUGGUCUGGAUCAUGAUGUUAAACUUUGGGCCCCCACUGCCGAGAACCCCACAGGGCUCAAGGGCCUCAAAGAUGUACGGUUGUUCAUACCAUUGAUUCCACACACACAAACCUCAACAUAUCACUAAUAUCCCAAACAUCCCACGGCAUAUAGUCUUGGAUACUGCAUACCAAAGCUGUUUUGAUGUGACUGGUGUUGUGGUCGUUCAGGUGAUGAAGAAGAACAAGCGUGAGCGUGACGAGGACACUGUUCGACAUGGAGACCAGUACGACACACAGCUCCUGUGGUUCCUGAUGAGACACAUGAGAAACAGACGGUCCCAGAGGGUGAGUGGCACACACCAUAACACUGUAAGGGAGUGUGUAUCCUAGAACCCAACCGCAAUGGGAUUUCUGGAUCAGAUUUUAGUGAAAAUAUUUACAGAUAACAGAUAUCUUUUUAUGAAUAUAGCUGGAAUGAAGAAAAAAUAAUAAUCAUCUUGUAGCACCAAAAAUAUGAUUAUUUUGUAAAAAUGGAAAAACUGUUACUCUAGUGAAAGGAGGAUGAACUGCACUGAUUCCAGCAAAAAAUGAGCCUGUGAAGACUGAGCUGCCUCAUGCUAGCCUGCUGGAAAACCACGACAUAGGACACAUUUUCAAUGUAUGGGUGUUUAGCUACAGUAUGUUUUCAUCAAUUGUAGGGCAGUAAUUCUGUUGUCACUUGAAAGGGAAAAAAUCAAUCAAGCGCUGCUUUGUAACCUGUUAUUAUAAUUUUGUUUUGUCUCUGGAAACAUUUGAAUGACAGCGCUUGAGGAAUAUCCUUUGCAAAGAGCAAAUAUAACACACCAGAUUUCACAGGCUUCACUAAAGGGCUGUAAUGUUAACAUGACCACAGAAUUGAGUGUUGUUAGCACGGCACUUGCUUUACAUUUGGGCAUAGCUUCCAAUGUUUGUCACGACGCCAACACCCUACUAUGACAUGUCACGUAACAGUAUAUGGCCAGUGCUCAUUUUUGGCAGUUUAUUGAGCUGACAAGCUUCUAUCUACUCAGCACUGAUUGUAGAAGCAGUAACAGUUAGUUCACAGUAGUUCACUCUCCUCUCUGACUGGUGUAGUUGCGUUGGCUGAUAGUGUCUGUCUUGCUGUAGGGCUUCAAGGCAUGAUAGCCUUAUAGCUAUAAAAGAGUGCCCUCUCCUGGACAAAUAAUGAAAUGCAAAAAAAUAAUGUGAAUUCUAUAAGUGUUUUCCAUGUUUAUUGGUCCUUUUCAGUCGAUUUUAAACGUCGACACAAAUACAUUGGUAAAAGGGCUAAUAUCGGCCAAUUUUUAUAUAGGUAACGUCAACUAUGUCAGACAAAUUUGGGGAAAAAAAAUUCCAGAAAAUCACUUGUGGAUUUUUUAUAAAUUUUAUUGCAAAAUUAUGGUGGAAAAUAAUUUUGGUUCACCACAAACAAGCAAAUUUUGGCCUCCAACCUGAACUUCUUCUUUAAGAGGUCCUCGUCCCCACUUUUACCGUUUUAAGGGGCACCUGUUGAACUUGUUAUCAGUAAAAAAGCACCUGCCCAAAAACCUAAACAGUCCCACUCCAAACUCUACUAUGGCCAAGACCAAAGAGCUGUCAAAGGACACCAGAAACAAAAUUGUAGACCUGCACCAGGCUGGGAAGACUGAAUCUGCAAUAGGUAAGCAGCUUGGUUUGAAGAAAUCAACUGUGGGAGCAAUUAUUAGGAAAUGGAAGGCAUACAAGACCACUGAUAAUCUCCCUCGAUCUGGGGCUCCACGCAAGAUCUCACCCCGUGGGGUUAAAAUGAUCACAAGACCGGUGAGCAAAAAUCCCAGAACCAUACGGGGGGACCUAGUGAAUGACCUGCAUAGAGCUGGGACAAAGUAACAAAGCCUACCAUCAGUAACACACUACGCCGCCAGGUACUUAAAUCCUGCAGUGCCAGACGUGUCCCCCUGCUUAAGCCAGUACAUGUCCAGGCCCGUGCUAGAGUGCAUUUGGAUGAUCCAGAAAAGGAUUGGGAGAAUGUCAUAUGGUCAGAUGAAACCAAAAUAUAACUUUUUGGUAAAAACUCAACUCGUCGUGUUUGGAGGACAAAGAAUGCUGAGUUGCAUCCAAAGAACACCAUACCUACUGUGAAGCAUGUGGGUGGAAACAUCAUGCUUUGGGCCUGUUUUUCUGCAAAGGGACCAGGACGACUGAUCCGUGUAAAGGAAAGAAUGAAUGGGGCCAUGUAUCGUGAGAUUUUGAGUGAAAACCUCCUUCCACAAAGCAAGGGCAUUGAAGAUGAAACGUGGCUGGGUCUUUCAGUAUGACAAUGAUCCCAAACACACCGCCCGGGCAACGAAGGAGUGGCUUCGUAAGAAGCAUUUCAAGGUCCUGGAAUGGCCUAGCCAGUCUCCAGAUCUCAACCCCAUAGAAAGUCUUUGGAGGGAGUUGAAAGUCUGUGUUGCCCAGCGACAGCCCCAAAACAUCACUGCUCUAGAGGAGAUCUGCAUGGAGGAAUGGGCCAAAAUACCAGCAACAGUGUGUGAAAACCUUGUGAAGACUUACAGAAAACAUUUGACCUGUGUCAUUGCCAACAAAGGGUAUAUAACAAAUUAUUGAGAAACUUUUGUUAUUGACCAAAUACUUAUUUUCCACCAUAUUUUGCAAAUAAAUUCAUUAAAAAUCCUACAAUGUGAUUUUCUGGAUUUUUUUUCCUCAUUUUGUCUGUCAUAGUUGACGUGUACCUAUGAUGAAAAUUACAGGCCUCUCUCAUCUUUUUAAGUGGGAGAACUUGCACAAUUGGUGGCUGACUAAAUACUUUUUUUCCCCACUGUAGUCUUGGAUACUGCAUACCAAAGCUGUUUUGAUGUGACUGGUGUUGUGGUCGUUCAGGUGAUGAAGAAGAACAAGCGUGAGCGUGACGAGGACACUGUUCGACAUGGAGACCAGUACGACACACAGCUCCUGUGGUUCCUGAUGAGACACAUGAGAAACAGACGGUCCCAGAGGGUGAGUGGCACACACCAUAACACUGUAAGGGAGUGUGUAUCCUAGAACCCAACCGCAAUGGGAUUUCUGGAUCAGAUUUUAGUGAAAAUAUUUACAGAUAACAGAUAUCUUUUUAUGAAUAUAGCUGGAAUGAAGAAAAAAUAAUAAUCAUCUUGUAGCACCAAAAAUAUGAUUAUUUUGUAAAAAUGGAAAAACUGUUACUCUAGUGAAAGGAGGAUGAACUGCACUGAUUCCAGCAAAAAAUGAGCCUGUGAAGACUGAGCUGCCUCAUGCUAGCCUGCUGGAAAACAACGACAUAGGACACAUUGUCAAUGUAUGGGUGUUUAGCUACAGUAUGUUUUCAUCAAUUGUAGGGCAGUAAUUCUGUUGUCACUUGAAAGGGAAAAAAUCAAUCAAGCGCUGCUUUGUAACCUGUUAUUAUAAUUUGUUUUGUCUCUGGAAACAUUUGAAUGGCAGCGCUUGAGGAAUAUCCUUUGCAAAGAGCAAAUAUAACACACCAGAUUUCACAGGCUUCACUAAAGGGCUGUAAUGUUAACGUUACCACAGAAUUGAGCGUUGUUAGCACGGCACUUGCUUUACAUUUGGGCAUAGCUUCCAAUGUUUGUCACGACGCCAACACCCUACUAUGACAUGUCACGUAACAGUAUAUGGCCAGUGCUAAUUUUUGGCAGUUUAUUGAGCUGACAAGCUUCUAUCUACUCAGCACUAGAAGCAGUAACAGUUAGUUCACAGUAGUUCACUCUCCUCUCUGACUGGUGUAGUUGCGUUGGCUGAUAGUGUCCUGUCUUGCUGUAGGGCUUCAAGGCAUGAUAGCCUUAUAGCUAUUAAAAGAGUGCCCUCUCCUGGACAAAUAAUGAAAUGCAAAAAAAUUAUGUUGAAUUCUAUAAGUGUUUUCUCCAUGUCUUAUUGGUCCUUUUCAGUCGAUUUUUAAACGUCGAUACAAAUACAUUGGUAAAAGGCUAAUAUCGGCCAAUUUUAAUAUCAGUCAACCGAUAAAUUAGUCGGGCUCUAGUGUAAGCUUAUUACUAUGAAAUUAUUAACGGGGCACCACUUGCUAUAAAGUCAACAAGAAACUAUAAAAAUAGUUACAAUUAUAACUACAGUUAACUUAUCAUUCUGAAUGCAAUUCAGUUCUUAAAAUGACAUGGCAAUGCAUUUUUGGAGACAGUAGAUAUUUUAUGAAACUAAGAUUUAUUUAGAAAUAAUCAGGUAAAGUAUUGAAUGUACAGGACGAAUGAAUAAGAGAUUAUGAUGGCAAAAUGAUGUACUAAUGUGAUAGGCUACAGAAUAUAUAUUUAUUUAUUUAUUUAAGGGGGGGGGGGAGAUGGAUUACUGUUAUACUAUUCCAGGUAUUCCUUAAAGAGGUAGGGUUUCAAGUGUCUCCAAAAAAAAUCAUAUUCAAGAUACUUAGAACUCAUGGUUGAUUUUGGGUUGUCAUCUAUGAGCAACACUAAAAUGGGUUCUUGGUUGUAAGAGGUGAAGAGGGUAGUGGUCCUAAAGAAAUAAGGGUGGUAAACAGGUGUAUCAUUCUGCCCAAAAUCUACAUUAAGGAGGACAGGUUUAGGCCGGUAGAUAAAGGUGUCAUCAAUUAGGGGUUUAGCGGAAGCACUCCUGAAUUGUAAAAAAUAAUAUUUUGGAAGCUAUAGAAAUGCAUUUAUUAAUGUUUACAUUAGUUUUUGACACGCUUAUUCUAUUACAGACACCUUAAUGCAUACUUUUAAAAUAUAUUAUGUGAGCUAAACAUAGAAAAAAUAAAAAAAGUUCCUAAAAGUAUUUUUUUUAGAAUACUAAUGUUACUGUCCUCACUACAACCAAAAAAAAUUAGAUGUAAUUUUGUCCUCAACGAUUAAUUGAAAUACUGUGGAACUUCAUUCUUUCCUUUGGAGGACUGCUCCUACUAGGGAUUGCCAAUAUGGCCGACCAGUAGCUUCAAUACAGCAUCAGCAAUCCAGGGUUUAUAUAAAUCAUUGGUCCUCCCUCGACCAAUUCUAACAGAGUGAACUUUGAAUGCUGGUUGACUAUGAGGAACUUACCCUCGAGUUUUACAAACAAGAUUAAAAGAUUAUAACACACAACCAUGAAUUGUUUUAUGCUUAACCAAUAGGUUUCUGAGACUACCUAAAAUGCAGGUCACCCCGCUGCAACUCUUUCUGUUGCUUUGUAAAGGGGCUGUAACUGGUUAAAAUUGGCAGCAAACUAUGCAGCUUUUGCCUCUUUAGGGACAUCUUGUGUCAUCUGGCAAAUGGACUCUUGAGCAGUGUAUUAUAAGUCGUUCCUGAGAAGCUAUACCUCUGCAAGAGUUGCAUGUACACAUAAAAGAGCUUGUUGGCUCUGGGAAAUACACACUCAAAAUGAUGACUGGUUCAACAUUGGGUAUGUACUGUAAAUACAAAGGGCUUUAUGGCCCUGGAAAAGGUGUGCACCAGUUAUAUUGGGUGACAGUAAGAAAUCACUUUAAGUGAGUUUCAGUCAAUUAGAUGGCUGAAAUCAAAAAGGGAAAUUAGACUCAUAUGGUAUGCGCAGAGAUUAGUGUUAACUAAAAGUCUACUCAUACAGCCUGGGAAAAGAGAGUGUUAUUAACCAGGUGAGCUUUAACGCCCCCUAACUUUCCAGAUGGGUUAUGGACCUGGGGUAUGACAGGGAAAAAGGUUCCCUCUUUCGUUCUCCCCCUUCACCUCAAGUGGAGGUUGUGUACCCUGUCAUGCAUAGGCUUUGAUCACUAGUGAUGCUAAUAUGGUCACGAAACAAAAUCAGUACGCCGAACUUAAAGAGCAGGGCACUUUCAGACACAGUAGUUAUAGAUUUUCACCUCAUGUAAGUAUAAAUCAAAAUUAUGGCUCAAGGUCAAGUGACACUAGUAUGUGCGAUGGAGGUUGAGCGGAGUCAUUUUACUAUCAGAAAACCAUUAGCAAUACCAGCGGACACUGAAUAUUAAUUGGGUAAAACAAAAUUGUACACCUAAUUCAAAGAGAAAGGUACCGAAAGUCACAGGUUAUCACCUACUACAAGGGUCCAAAUUUAAAUUAUGACUCAGUCUACUGUCGUCUCGGCGAGGGAGGUUUUCACUCAAUUAGCAAGGGGACUGAAACAUUAUCACCAGUAGGAUCACAAGGGAUUGUUUUUUAAUUUUUAUAAUGGUGUUAGAUCAUUCAACACCAAAGCCAAAUUCAAAGCUUAUGCAGUUUACACACUUAAAAAGUAUUAAGGAUGACAAACCUCUAAGGUAAACCUUAGAACAUGUCACAAGAAAAAUAUAAUGUGCCUACACUCUGGUUGGAGGUCAGUGGCUGAGACGGGGAGAGAGAAGAGUUUGAGCUCUUACAUUCAACGCUCCUCUACACCACCCACCACGUCUCGUCUCUAUUGCAGUAAUCAAACCAGUACAUCUUUCUCUCCAGUAGUAACUACAGUGACUUUCGUGUUGUGCAUUCUCUGUCUCGCUCUCUCUUUCUCCCUCUUUAUUUCUUUCCCUCUCUUUUUUCCUCUCUCUCCCUUUCCUAGACACGUCGGGAGGGUGCAGAGGGAGACACUGAUGAGUCAUGGAGCUCUCCAGAUUCCUCUGAUGAAGAGAAUGGAGGGCCGGACCACGUCCAGUGCAUGUCCUCCUGAGCCAAGGAGAUAUACAAGCCACACACACACUCUGCAUUGCCCUAGUAUUGAUGCAUAUACGCAGGCACUAUCGACACACUGGCACACACAUGAACACUGAGAGACCAUGAAGUAACAGUAAAAAGGUAUUCACACACAGACAUACAAACAACGGAGGGAGGGAGGGAGGGUG